GGGGAAGUGUUGAGUGAAAGGCCGAGCUUUUAAACGUCAGAGGUUUGCCGUGUGCCAGUUGGAGUUGCAGCAAACACGGCGGAUAGAGUUUAGGCAGACAGAGGGUGACGAUGCGCUCCCUGCUGGUGCUGUAUCAGAGCGCAGCCCUGCUGGGUGCGCUGUGGGCCGCCCACUCUACUCUCUUGGUGGAGGGCGACAAAAAUGCCUCCAGGAUCUGCAAACCCGCCCCGAGCUGGGAGAUAAAGGGCCGCUCGCCGGCGCAGGAACGGCUGGGAAAUGUGGUGGUGGUGGCUCUGCUGAAGGCCAGCUGACACUUCUGUCUCGUUCAGGCGUCCCGUAUCAGACGCCUGCGCACCAAACUGAGGCGCAGCAACAUAACCGACGUGUCCUUCGUGAUCGUCAAUGAGCAAGAUGCCGCAUCCAGAGCCCUGUACUGGGAGCUGAAGAAAAGAGCUCCCACUGGUGUCCCAGUGUAUCAGCAGGCGGCUAAUCAGACCGACGUGUGGGAGGUGCUGGACGGCGACAAAGACGACUUCCUGAUCUACGACAGGUGUGGCCUCCUCACCUUCCACGUCGUGCUGCCGUACAGUUCCCUGCAAAACCCGUACGUGGAGGCCGCGAUCAGAGCCACCUACCUGGGAGACAUCUGUAACUGCUCUGCCAUUUCCACGAGGACUCCAUCGAUUCAGGGGACCAUCCAGACACCUGACGAAGGGGCCGACCCCACCGAGGAGACUCAAACGAUCCCCCACCACUAUCACCAUCAUUUCAGCUUCUCCCAUCAUCAGCCCGCUCCUCGAGAUAAGUCCCAGGACCAGCAUAGGUCCGCAAUAUUCCCAGCUCCGUAUCAUCCGCACCAUGCCCAUUAGCACCCCCACCACAAGUAAAUCGGUGUUUAUAGGUCUUCAGGUUGUUUUUUAGAAUUGAAGCCCGUUUUUCUUUCAUUUUUCUGAAACGUUUAUACAUCCCGCUUCACUAUAUACAACGUGUCGAACCUGCUUUAAAAAGUGCAGCUUGGUGUUUCUGUUUUUGGAAAAGAGUAGUCAGGUUUCUCCGAGUUCUCCCAUUAAUGAAGUCCAGAGUCUAAAGCCUGUCUGCAGGCGGCUGUGGAUGGAUGACCAGGGGGACAGAAAGGAGGGACUCUGACCGCUACCGUCUCCAGACAGAAGCAAACAACGAGGUGCGCCGCCGCCGCCCAGCUGGUCUCACUCAGAUUGUCUUUUUAAAGCCGAUUCGUCCCGAUUUGCUUUCUGCUUCACAAGAUGUGAGGAUUACGAUGUUCAGAGAACAGGAAUUACAUCUUGUACACACAACUUAUUGACUUAUUUUAGAUGCUGUUUAUUGUGAAAUUUCUUACAAUUUCUCAUUAUAAAUUAAACUUGUUUUGUAUUUCUCCAGAUUAAGGCGGAACUACACGGUAAAUUGAGUAAUUAGAAACUGUUGCUUCAUAACAUGAGCUGCAAUAACUUAGAAAAUUCUCUGUAAUAACGUAUUUCUGUGUAAUUAAUAAAAUAAAAACUCAGAAUCCAA